AUGGCAACCCGCUCCCGGCCGCCCUCUCAAGCCUGCUCCCCUAUUGAUCAGGGAGAGCUGGGACCCUUCCUUCCGCCAGCCUCCCCUGAGCUUGGCAAAGUCUCACUUGAGCGGGUCAUCCACCUUCUCUGGGGGCUCCAAUCCCAAGUCAACCGCAUUGAACAGACCCUCUUGGAACAAGCUGAAAUUAGCCAAGAGGUUCAAACCAACGUUGAAAAUAUCUCACAGACGGUCAAUGUUGUCAAGGAUGGGCUUGCCCAGCUCCAAUCCGCCCGGGGUCCCCAUACCCCAGAAGAACAAAAACCCCCUGCGGUCAAGGAAACUCCCAGGGCCGCGCCCAAAGCCAAGCCUAUUGGCAAGGCUCAACCAUUCCUUGGGGCCCCAGCCCCUAUCAUCUCCACAGGGGCCCCCAGGCGCAACCCCCUCUCCCUUUUCAACCCCUACCCUUCCUUGUCCUUCCCUUUGGGACCGGCUCCAGCCUCCCAAGGACCUCCACCAGCGCCUAUCGUCACCUUGGCGCAGCCUCCAGCCCCCUCCACUGUAAAAGUGGACCACCCAGAUGCCUUCAAAGGCAAAAUUGGCUUGGAGGCCAAGCAAUGGCUAACUUGA